UUCAUUAUUCUUUCAAACGCUCUACAAUCACUGAACUAAAUCUCACCCGAUAUAAAAUGAAUUCUUUGAGAUUUUUUUUCGUUUUUACAUCACUAUGGUGUUGGAAUUAUGUAGCAGAAGUGAAUUCAACGAAGCAAAAUGGCAUAAUCUUCAACCCAGAUGAAACCAAACUCUUGGACAUAAAUCCACAGGACCAAGAUUUGAUAAUAAACCAUCGCUUUAUAACUGCUUGUCCAGCUUCUUCGAAUUCAGAAGAUGAAAAUAUACUUAAUCAGCAUGCUUCUAUUACUAGUAACAGUCUAUUCGUACAAAAGCUCUACAACAGUGGCACAUUAGCAAAAAAUACUGAAUUGGGUAUUUGUGAUCAACCACUAACACCUCAAUUGCUACUAGACGAUACAGAGGAUGUUUACCACAUUGGUUACGAGUUGUUUUAUGAAAAAGGAACGAUCAAUUUAGAUUUCACAAAGUACUACGAUUUCUAUCAGGUUUCCGAAAGAAAAGCAAAAGAGAAUCCUAAUCCCAAUAUGACCUACGUAACUGUAGAUUUCGAUAAUAGUAAUAUAAUGUUUGGAAUUAAAGGAAAAGAGAUGCAGAAACUAAUGGCAUACUAUUGGAUAAAUGUACUAUCAAUCAUUAUCAGCUCUGACAAAUUCGGGAAACUUAUAGCCUUCGAAAAAGACACUAUCAAUUAUCCAAAUACAUCCCAAACAAUGUCCCACUGCGAAACUUACUACUUGGAGGAUGGUAAAAUCUUAGAUAACGAAAGCCACACAGCUCAAAUAUCCGCAGAUAUUCACGAUAAAACUCCUCGACUGGAAAAAACUCAAAUACUACCGAUGCAAAUGUUCCACACACAAGCUGCAAAACUUGCCACUUGCAAUUAUCUGAAUGUCGCCUUCAUAUGGAACACCGUUGCAAAUCAGUCAUUGAAAGAAGUCGAUCUCUUCUUGUACGCGAUGUAUCAACUAUGGCCUUCCGAAAUUGAAUUAUACUUCGGUGUGAUUGGCAAAUCAGAUAAAAUUAGUCCCGAUACACAAAAUGAGCUUAAAACAGAAGACGACAGUUUCCAGCAAUUUGCCAUCCCCCAAAUGAUAUUUCGAGUAGUGAAAUACAAGACGGGAGACAGAACCGAUCAAGUUGUCAUUAUUAUCCAUAAUGAUAAAAAUCCUAUGCAAGAAACAGAUAGACUUUGUAGUCGAGAUCCUGAAUUAGAAAGUUGGAAAGUUAUAGAGAAUAAAGACACUACCCCUGGAAUGGCUUACGCUUGUGAGCUCACACCACGUAUGGUCGAUAAAUUGGAAUUUUAUUAUUAUAACGAUUAUAGCACUCGCGGGCUGCCUAUUCUCAAAUUGGACAAAUUUCCGGAAUUUGAUGCCUCUAAAAAUAAAAUCGUCGAACGAAAUGUGUUGGAAGAUAUUCGUAAAAGAAUUGAUUUCAUUAAAACAAUUAAUGCCGGAAAUUAAUUGGAAAAAUGUACAACUCAGUUAAUUCUGAAGCUUUAUAAGGUAUGUAGUAAAUUAAAUGUAAGAUGUAAAUUAGGUAUUGUUACUAAUGUCAAAUGAGUAUAAUAGUGUUAGGCAGACAUUUUUUAGAAAUUUUAUUGGCUGCAUACUAGUCCAGGAAAAUUAGACCAAAAAAAGGGGUCAUAGGGAAAAUUGAGGUAGCAAGCUGAAUUUUGGUAUACUGGUUCAUUUUUGUGUGCUGAACACGAAUCCGAUGAGUCCCCGCGCGUC